AUGUUGAGAGCAUUUUAUGUUCUAUCUUUAAUACUAAUUGAAUUUAUACUGCAUAAGGGCCAGUAUAAUAAGCAUAUUUGUUCAACAAAUUUGAAAAAGUAUGAUUUUGUUGAUAAGGAACAUCGAAUUUUGGUAAGUGAUAUCGAAGAUAGUGAAAAACACAUUGAAGAUAUAAAAGACACCUAUGAACCUAUAUUUAGCAUUUAUGAAAUAUCUGCAGAAUUUCACAGAAAAAAAUAUAUAGCGAAUAAAAAAAAAAAUCAAAAAAAUGGAUCUGACAAAAGUAUAGAAAAAAAAAAAAAUUCUGAAGGCGAUGAAAGAAGUCAAUUAAAUCAAAAAGAUGGAAUAAACUUUCUCGAAUUAUCUGAUAGACAUCCUGAUGUAGGGAAUUAUGAACACGAUGAGGAUUAUGGGCUUGAUGAAUAUUAUGACUAUGGUGAGUAUGAUGAUGAUGACGAGCAUGAUGAUUUGGUAGAAAACGAUAGAGACAUUUUAACAAGGGGGAAAAUGUAUGGACAAGAAGAACAAAAUAAAAAUAUAAACACAAUUCCAGGUAAUAAGAAUAAUAACACAAAAGUAGAUGGCAAAAAAAAUGAUAUAAGUCUAAAAGAUAAAAUUAGACAUAAUGAACAAGAUAAUGCCAGUUUAAAAAACAAAGGGGAAAAUGUAAGUGAAACUAUAAAAACAUAUAAAUUUGACCAUUAUAAAAUUAUAACAAAUUCUGAAAAUAUAUUAAAUGAUAUAAAAGUAGACGCAUCAGAUAUUUCAAAGCUAAGUAUAAAUAGUUUAAAUAUAGAAUAUAAUGAAAAAAAUAAAGCCGAAUACACACAUCAAAGGCAUAUAACAUUAAGUAAUGAAGGAAAUAGACGAUAUAAAGUAUUUUUAAUGACAAAAAAUCCAAAGUUUACAAAAACAAAUGAUAUUGCAGAACAUGGAAUGAAUUUUCUCCAAACAAAAGCCGUAGAGAAUGAAGAUGAAAGAGAAAACGAGGAAGAUUAUUUGAAUGAAAAUUUGUAUAAUGGAUUUGGGACUCUUGAUUUUGAAAAUAGUUAUUCAAAAACAAAAAAAAAAAUAAACACUGGACAUGCAAGUGGAGUUAAUGAUAAAAUUAGUAACCAUCAAAACAUUGAAAAAAGUGAUUCUCAUGAAAAAGAAAAACAUAAUUAUGGAUUUAUAGAAAAGGCACGCAGUUUUUUUAGCUUUUUAUCCGUCUCAAAUAGCAAUAAAGAUGAUAAUAUUGAGAGUGGGAAAAAAAACGAGGAAAGCAACAAUGCCGAUUCUAAAACUCAAUUAAAUGAGAAAACUAAUGAUACGACCAAAAAAGAUAAUUUAAAUGAAUUUUUGAGUAUAGACAAACUUACAGAUCAAUAUUUAUUAAACUUAAAGAAUAAAAAUAUGAAAAAACAAGAAUUGAUAUUAAUUUUUCAAGGUGAUUUAGAUUUGCAUUCGAAGGAAAUGAAAACAGUUAUACAUGAAGCUAAUGUUAAACUCAUAAACUAUUUAAAUACGCAUUUUAAAGACAUUAAGGAUAUAAACUAUGAUGUAUCGUCUCCAAUAAACUUUGUGUGUUUUUUUAUUCCUACAGUUUUUGAUAUUAAAAAUUUAAAUAUAUUAAAAGAGGCAUUAAAUAUAUUGCAUAAUGAGCUCAAGGAUUAUAUCGAUAAUUGGAAUUUUUCAAAUACUUAUAUAGCAUUUGAUAGCAAUUAUGAAUAUGAGGAUAUAAAAAAAGAAGAUAUAGACAAUAUAAUGAAUAAGUUAAAUGAACACGGAGAAAAAUAUAUUAAAAAGCCCAAAAAAUUAUAUAAUGUAAAAUAUUCAUUUUUAAGAAAAAUAUGGGGCCUAGGAUCAAUUAUCUCUUUAUAUAAAGGUCGAAGUAAAAAAGAUUCUGACAUGGAAGAAAGAAUUUUGAACACUUUACCAAAAGAAUUGAAAGAGUAUUCAACUUGGAAUUUAUCUUUUAUAAGAGCAUUUAAUGCUUGGCUUUUGUCUGGAUAUGGAAAUAAAAAUGUAAAGAUAUGUGUUAUAGAUUCGGGGAUUGACAAAAAUCAUAUAGAUUUGGAAAGUAAUGUGUAUAUACCCCAAUAUUCAGAUAAAUAUGAAAUGACAAGUGAUUUUUUUGAUUUUAUGGUUCAAAAUCCAUCAGAUUCAUCAGGGCAUGGUACACAUGUUUCUGGAAUAGUAGGCGCUUCGGCAAAUUCUUUAGGUAUGGUUGGUGUUGCUCCUAAUAUCAAAUUGAUGUCUUUACGUUUUAUUGAUGGAGAUAACUAUGGAGGUAGUUUCCAUGUAAUUAAAGCUAUAAAUGUUUGUAUAUUAAACAAAUCGCCAAUUAUUAAUGCUAGUUGGGGUUCUAGAAAUUAUGAUACUAAUAUGUACUUAGCUCUUCAAAGAUUAAAAUAUACCUUUAAAGGGAAAGGAACAGUUGUAAUAGCUGCAGCAGGAAAUGAAAAUAAAAACAACGAUCUCUAUCCUAUAUAUCCUGCUAGCUACAAACUUGAAAACAUUUAUAGUGUUGGUGCUAUCAAUAAAUUCUUACAAAUUUCACCAUUUUCGAAUUAUGGAGCUAAAAGUGUGCACAUUCUUGCACCAGGACAUCACAUAUAUUCCACGACGCCUAUGAACACAUACAAAAUGAAUACAGGUACAUCUAUGGCAGCUCCUCAUGUAUCUGGAGUAGCUGGAUUGAUAUAUUCGGUAUGCCAUAACCAAGGAUUUAUACCUGAAGCUAAAGAAGUUUUAGAAAUAAUAACAAGAACAUCUAUAAAAAUUGUACCUAGAGAAAAAAAAACAAUGCAUAAUAGUUUAGUAAAUGCAGAAGCAGCAGUAUUAACUACAUUAUUGGGAGGCUUAUGGAUGCAAAUGGAUUGCCAUUUUGCUAAGUUUUAUUUAAAUAAAGACAAAAAAAAAAGUAUUCCUGUUGUAUUUUCAGCAUAUAAAGAUGGCAUGUACGAAGCAGAUAUAAUUAUAGGAAUUCAACCUGCAGAUACUAAUACAAAAGAAUAUGGAGAAAUUGUGAUUCCUAUUAAAAUAUUAACAAAUCCAAAAUUAAAAAAUUUUGUUGCAUCACCAAGAAUUGGAAAAAAAAUACACAUUGAUGAAAAUGACUUAAAUAAUGAUGAUAUAUUAUCAUAUAUUUGUGAAAAUGCUUUAUAUAAUUUAUAUGAGCAUGACAACAGUUUUUUAAUUUCAUCAUUAAUAUUAUUCUUUCUAGGAAUUAUACUAAUCGUUUUAGUAUCGAUUGUGUUUUUUUUUAAACAUCAUCAAAAUAAAUAUCGCGAUGUCGGAAAAUAUAUGAAUCAAAAAAUGGUAGAUAGGGCAUAUGAUAUAAAAUAUAAUUUUAAUGACGCGAGCACUGGUGGUAUUAAAAAAUCGACGUCAUUGGAUGGAAAUAUAACCAAUCACCGAGAUACUCAAAGAUAUACUAUUGUUCAAAAUGAAGAUAAUAUGUAUGUGCUAAAAAAAAAAAGUUCUAUUCAAUCAAAAUAUGAAAGACGUAAUGAAUUAACAAAACGCCCACUUAUAAAACGUCCAACUACAAAGCAUGUAGAUAAAAGCAUAAAUUUCAACAAUAUGGAGUCAUUAUACGAAACACAAUGCAAUUUAUCGGAAUAG